GGGCGUGACAUUUCAUCGCUUUGUUCAAAUUCAAUGGUCACAUUAAGUCUUCAUUAUACAUCCAAAGUUUCAACAUCAGUUGUUCUUUAUACGAUGUGAUUACCUACUUAGAUUCGUUACUUACUGUACCUACUAUUAGAGCUAAAUACGAUUACUGUGACGUAAUGCAGCGGACUUUAGAACAUUUUGCAGAAAACUUACAGCGUUAUUAUUAGAUAUUUACCCUGAGUUUGCAUCGGGAUUUAUACACGUCACCACCUAUAAGCAAUAAGCAUAUACGAUUACCAAACUCUUGAUUUGUAGUUGUUGUAGGUACGUUUAUCAUAUUCAUUUACCGUCGUAAAAUAAACUUAUAACCUGCAUUCAAAUUCUUAGAUCGCUGAUAGAAUCAUUUUUGUACAGUUUGUUUGACCGUUGACGUGAUUAUUCUAUGUAGGAAAUCAGCAAGAUUAGUUGAGAGUGUUGGAUUAUGCAAUACCCUGAUAUGCAUAUAUUCAGGCUGCGCCCGAUUAUACUAUGUUAUACCAUCUACAUUGUACACUGUACAUUGUAAAGUGUACCAUGUGCAGUGUGCACACAGCAAUCAUAUUUCUCUGUUGUAAUUUCCACAGAAUCUUUCAGACUGUAAGCCUGGUAUCAUCGGCUUAUUAUUUCGGCCUCGAAUAAUGUUGGUAGUAGCAGAAAGGCCUCGAGCAGUGCACAAUAUCUCUGACCUGCGCCACUGUUGCUUAUCUUUUUCUUUCUUAUAACAUCAUUUAUUUGACAACUGAUUUUGCUUAUGACACAAAAUGGUCGUCAAACCGUAAGAAUAUAAUCUAUUCCAAUCUUAGGAAUCAGUCAAACUAUCAUGUGUGGAAUAUUCGCUUGUUUUGGUGAGAAUUGUGACAGGAUGGUUGCAGUGGAGAAUGCUCAUAAACAAAUCCAUCGUGGUCCGGACGAUUUCUACUGCCAGAAAGUGACAGGUGGUCUUUUAUGUUUUACUCGCCUCAACAUUAUGGACAGAACGAUACAAGGCCGGCAACCCUUCGACUUCCAAGAGUACACAGCAAUGAUGAACGGUGAGAUCUACAACCACAAGACCCUUGAGAAAGAGUUUGGCAUCGUGCCCAAGGGAAAGAGUGAUUGUGAACUUUUACCUGAACUCUUCAGCAAGAUCGGGGAGGAGCUGCCGAAGAGACUGGAUGGCAUGUUUGCUUGUGUUAUUGUCAACAACAAGACUGGCGAAAUCUUUAUCAUGCGGGAUCACAUUGGUAUAAUCCCUCUAUACUGGGGUACGGACACAAUCGGAAGACUCUACAUUGCCAGCGAGCAGAAGUGUCUGGUGGAUGUAUGUGAGGUAGUGGAGAUCUUCCCACCAAGAAUGACUUACCAGGGCCCACCCGAGAUGGGAAAACUGAAGCAGUGGUAUUUCAUGGAUUGGGUACCUCAGGUUUACUCUUUGGAAAUCGAAGAAAAGGUGUAUGAUAGAAUAUAUAAUGGAAUGUACAAAGCAGUGGAGAAGAUGAUACCCUGUGAUUCCCCUAACGGUUUCUUGCUCAGUGGAGGUCUAGACUCGUCUCUGGUUGCAGCUUUGGCACGGAAGGUCCUAGGGCCGGACGCCGAAAUACACACCUUCACCAUAGGACUGGAGAACGCUCCGGACUUCAAGUUCGCCAGAGAAGUAGCUGAACACAUCGGAUCUAUACAUCACGAGUUUACCUACACUUUACAAGAAGGAAUAGAUGUUAUCCCGCAGGUUAUAUCGAAGAUAGAAUCAUUUGACACCACAACGAUCCGAUCCUCAACUCCUCAGUACCUACUGGGCAAGAAGAUCCAGUCCUGGGGCUUCAAGAUGGUGAUGUCCGGAGAGGGUGCUGAUGAGGCCUGGGGUGGAUAUCUUUACUUCCAUUACGCUCCAAAUGAUGAAGAGUUUAACGAAGAGAUGAAGGACAAGCUGGCGGACCUGCACUAUUACGAUUGUCUCCGAACCAACAAGUCCAUGUUGGCCAGCAGUGUUGAGACUAGAGUACCUUUCUUAGACCCAGAACUUCUUGAUAUUGCCAUGACCGUACCUGUCAAUAUGAAACACCCCAAGUUUAUCAAGUACGAAGGUAGACCGAUAGAAAAGGGCGUGUUAAGGAAAGCUUGUGACAGAGACGAUUUGCUGCCUAAAAGUGUUCUCUGGAGACAAAAGGAGCAGUUUUCAGACUCGGUGGGUUACGGUUGGAUUGAUGGGCUAAAGCAGCAUUACAAGGAAAUGGGAACUACGGAGGAGGAUUUCAACAUGUCCAUGUACAAGAAGUUCAACUUCUCCAGUACGACUGUAAAAACAGGUAAAACAGUGGCCUGUUCCACACCACGAGGAGCUAGCUGGAUGCCAGAAGGUACUGCUGCCGACGCUUCAGGAAGAUCAGUCACCUCAGUCCAUCAGAGUUCUACAGACAAGGAGGCUCUGAUCAUGACGGAGGAUUAACAGAGAUGAAUUUUCAUAGGAUAACACAUGGAUAGCUAGUUUUGAAUUAAGGUUUCUGAAAUAUUUAAUGAUCUUUAUGAUACAUUUUGAUCUUAUCUGGAUAUAAUAUCAAAUGACUUAAAUGGAAUUUAUUAAAUUAUUUACGAGAUGAAAUUAGGUUGAUAACAAUAAGACUUCAAAUCAGUGUAUCCGAUGACGGCAUAUUAAAAUGGUUAAAUGAAUUUAGAUAAUGUAGUGCAGUAAGUUCGUGAUCAUACAUUUUUUAAGUGUAGUUAGGUAUUUAAAUACAGAUUAGGAUAAUCAAUGAUAUUUAAUUUGGGCACAUACCAUAAUCUGCCUAGUAGUAUAGUGCCUAGUCUGCAUAGUGCCUAUUUUGUUUUAUUAGUGUGAAAUGCAAGCUUA